GUAUAUACGGGUAUAUUCUACUUCCAUUAGAUAUUUUAGAAUGCAGCAGUGCUUAACCUUUGUUAAGGCUAGCGGAUUGAAAAGGGCAAGAGUACAUAGGGAAACAAGAUAUUAUAACAUAAGCUGGAUUUGUAAAUACUGUUUUUUAAAUAUAAUGUUCGGAAUAUUAGCCCUCUAACCUAACUUCGAACCCCCUCACGUUAGACAUUCCCCAAAUGAACACAUUAACACAAAAGCUCUGAUUGCUUCGCAUACUUCACCCCCUAAAUGAAAUUAUUAUCUGGCCAAACGUUUACCGUUUAUUAUUUUGGAAUCGUAAUAUAAAUAUCAGACAAAUUGCCAUUUAAAUAUUAUAUAGAUUAAUGGAUGAUAUGUUAAUGCUAAAUGGAAACGAAUAGCCACUUUACGAGCCACAAAUAAAGUGGCGAGUUAAAAAUUACUAUUAUUUUAAAAGGGUCAAAAUUUUGGGAGCUGAAUUUUAACGAGAAUUUAGAAAAUAUUGAUUAUUGAGCAUAACGUGCAGAAAGUUCUUUGAUACCUUCGAAAAUUAAUACUAACUUCUGUCGAAUGUGGCGCAAUGUGAAAACAAAUUCUCAAAGUCUUAAAAUGUCAAAAUGUUUACAAGAAGCUUUUAUCAAAAUCAGUGAGCCAACACCACAAACACACUUACAUAGAUGGAAAUUUAAAAAAUAGCAUUAUUGUGACACCCUUUUAUUGAAAACGCAUUAAUGAAUGGACCUGUCAUGGUCUAAUAGCCGCUUCACUCGAAGCUUUGCUUGGUUGCCUUUGUGAGUUUUAUUAAGCGUGAGUCGGCAGGGCAGCAAACAUGGAGAGAGGCCUAUUUUGCGGAAUACUCAUCAGCAGCCUUUUAAUUGCAAGUUCUGCCAAAAGCAACUUUUAAGAAACCGUGAAGUAAAAUAUAUAUAUUUGAACUUAUACGUUUUUCAAACACUUGCAGAUCAGUGUUAUGACAAAGGUGGACUUCUAUAAUGUGGAAUGUACUGUCAGCGAUCCAAGCUAUGUAUACUUCGAUACUUGCAUAAUAAAAGCGGUCAAUCGCACCUACAAAUACUUCACGAUGAUCGCAAAGUUCCCCAGGCGUCAACCAGUUGACAAUAUUUCAAUGACCUUUGCUUUGCUACGAAGAGCCAACGGCUAUAAGCCCUUCUUGUACAACUUCACUGUCGAUUGCUGUAAAUAUAUGAAGAAACGCAAUAAUCCCGUUAUCAAUUAUUUUCACAGUUGGUUUGAGAAGUAUUCCACGAUUAACAGAACUUGCCCAUAUGCGGCGCACGAUGAAGUCGUCGAUAAACUUCCUGUGAGUCACAUCAACCGUAUGACCACCGAAAUCCUUCCGGUACCACAGGGACAAUAUGUGUUCCACACAAGUUGGUAUUUUUACAAUACAAAGAUAGCAAUUGUUAAAUUAUUCGUUCAAAUUAUGUAA